AAGAAACACUCUAGUUACACAAUGGCCCGGAUAAGAUGGAUUUUGAUCUUGAAUCUGACCAGCUUCUUAUUUAGAGAAACAUAUGCUCAGCUGGAGGUUUGUGGCGUCACUCCUCUGAACACGAGGAUAGUUGGUGGUGAAGAUGCCCCACCUGGGAGCUGGCCUUGGCAAGUUAGUCUGCAGAGAUUUGGUGACCACUUUUGUGGGGGUUCCCUCAUUAACAAAGAGUGGGUGAUGUCCGCUGCCCACUGCUUCUUUAGUACAAGCACAUCUGGAUGGCGAGUUUCUCUGGGCCGUCAAAGUCUGCAGGGCACAAACCCAAAUGAGGUGUCCAGAACUGUUGCCCGAAUCAUUUUACAUCCAAACUACGAUAGUGACGCCAACGACAACGACGUAGCUCUGCUCAGGCUCUCCUCGCCAGUCACGUUCACAGACUUUAUCAGACCUGUGUGUUUGGCAGCCAGUGGCAGUGUGUUCAUCAAUGGUACAGAUAGCUGGGUCACAGGCUGGGGUUCUGUCAAUGAAGGAGUGGCAUUGCCUUUUCCUGGAACUCUUCAAGAAGUGGAGGUUCCAGUUUUAGGAAACAGACAGUGUAACUGUCUCAAUGGAGUUGGUGUAGUCACAGACAACAUGAUCUGUGCUGGUGUUCUGGUAGGGGGCAAAGAUUCAUGUCAGGUGAGUUUCUUCUCAUUUUUUUUUGGCAAUCGUAACGGAGAAGGUGUGAGAUUUUGUGAAUAUCUUAUUUGGGCCACUUUUCAUUCACAGGGGGACUCAGGUGGUCCAAUGGUGAGCAAACAGGGUCCUGUCUGGGUUCAGUCUGGAGUUGUUAGUUUUGGUUUUGGAUGUGCUCGACCAGGUUGGCCAGGAGUUUACUCCAGAGUGUCCCGUUACCAGUCCUGGAUCAACUCCCUCAUCAACUCUGAUAGACCGGGCUUUGUUCAGUUCACCUCCAGUGGUGUAGACACUGACAACAGUUACACCUGUCCUGGUCUCCCACCUCCUCCUGGUACUACAAGCACUGUGACUGUGGAAGCUGACACAACGACUUCAGAUUUAGCCCCAGUAACACCAAGUGCUGAAAGAGACGUUUGUGGCAACGCUCCGAAGAACAGUCGUGGUGUUGGAGACAGGGGUUUUGUGUCUGGAGGAACGUGGCCCUGGAUGGUUCGCAUCCACCGAAAUGGUGUCCACACUUGCGGUGGAACACUAAUAUCUGAUAUCUUUGUUUUGACCAGUGAACUAUGCUUCGCCUCCCCAAACCCGGAACCUUCAGAAUGGACUGUGUUUUUGGGACAGAGGAACAUUAACGGCUCAGAUGUCUUUGUCAAGUCUGUGGCCGUGGUGAACAUUAUAAUAAGCACACUGACUGGUUCCAAUGUUGCUGUUCUGCGGCUGGCUCAAGCAGUCACUUACAGUGAUUAUGUCCAGCCCGUGUGUAUAGACACUAACGAUGAGAGAAUGAUUCCUAUUGGAAGUCAGUGCUGGGUACCAGGCUGGGGUACAAAAAGUCCUGGAAAAGACGGUUCAGUGCUAAGAGACCUUGAAACUCAAAUAGCGAGUUGUGGGACUGCUGUUGAUUCAGAGAACAUUUGCACCCUUCCUAUGAUUCUUGGAGAGGGAGAUCAAGGAUGCCCACUUCUGUGCAGGUCAGACAAUUCUUGGUUCCAAAUGGCUGUUAUUACAGUGAAUGGCAACCAAUCUGUCCGAGCGAACGUUCAGGUCUUCGCCAAAACCUCAAGAUUUGGAUCGUUCCUAAAGGAGACUGUUGGUAACGUGCCGUCUCCACAGUCAUCUGCACCAGGAAGAAUUCUAAGCUUCACCACUUUUCUGCUUUCUGUCGCUGUCACCUUGGUGUUCCUACUGUAAAGAUUAUUGCACUCAAAAAAAAAAAAAGCUACUGGAGCUGACCAAGGAAGACAGGACUUUAGAUUUUUCAAAGACUGUAAUGAAGUGAAAGUCGAAGUAGCGUAGGUGCUGAUAUCAUUCACAAUUUUUCAGUCCUUAAAAAAAAAAAAGCACAAACAUUAAUUGCUUUACAAAACACGCAUUACUAAUGUGUUAUAAAAUUGGCUUCGAUUAUUGCUAGCAGUGCUGCUUUUAUUUGAAUCUGUGAGGCAUUCGUGGUCUUCGCAUACAAAACAUUAUCAGGGAUGUGCGCACCUGAAACCUGAAGAUUAAUAUCUAAUCAGCCAAUCACAGGGCAGCAGACUUGGACAUUAGAAAUUGUAUUUGACGGAAAGGAGAUCACAGUGACUUCGCUGCUGGCGUAUGACUGGCUUUGUCAACUGUGUAGAGGUUACAUUAAAUAUUUAAAAAACAAACAAA